UGGUGCAGAGUUGCCAAGUGUGCAACCACAUUUUCAAUUUAUCAUUUUUAUUUAUUUCAGGUCCACUUUUAUGUUUUUAAAAUAGUCACAAAGAGUUUUUUAAUCUAUUUUUACCUCAAAGUCACACGGUUGAAAAUUAAUUUGAUAAAAAACUUGAGCUUCUUUACGCCCCUUUUUUAAUGUUAUUGACCUUUUUUUAUUGCAAUGAGUAUCAAAUUACAUCAGUCAAUUUGUUUUUUGGAGGGAAAACUCGCAAUAAUGUUUUUUUGGACAGUAUUUGCUCGCAUUUUGAUUAGGGCCCUAAAUACCGGUCAAAAAUGUUGCAACGCUGCACACAAAUUGUCAAAGUGACAUUUUCGCCUUAAAUGAAUUAAUGAAUGAAAAAAAAUCCUCCUGAAACUGCUGGUGGCAGUAACGUAUUGAUUAUUUCUUAGAAGCGUGUCAGGGAGUGUUAUGACAGGGAAACAGGUGCGCGGUCAUCAACCCUCGCCGUUGUAAACAUUGAUCUGUAUGAAAAGUCCAAGAAAUGGCCUCUUCAAGUCAAUUUGCCCCAAUAUUGUGACAUCCGCCCAAGAUGCAGAAGAAAGAAGAGAGUUUCGAGCACAAAAGAUUGGAACUUGAGGCAUGGCUGCAGAGGAUGGAAGCCCGACUGGCCUCCAUGGCGGCCGUGGGACACACCGCCGACGUCCUCGAAGUCCAGCUCAGGGAACAAAAAGGACUUCACGCCGAACUCCACCAGUUCAAAGCACAGAUCGAAGCUUUCAAUCAACUCACGCAAAGACUGAUCACAGCGCACCAACACGAAGACACCAGUCGCUACAAAAAGACAGCCGAGUACAUAAACCAACACUACAUUCGUCUGGAUGCUUGCGUUAUCAACAGGGGAAAACUCCUACACUCAGCUUUGAGCUCUCUGCAAAACUUGGACCGCUCUCUCGAUAAAUUUCUAGCGUGGCUGAGUGAAGCCGAGUCGGUGGUUGAGACUCUCGAGGGCGAUGCGGAGUCUCGCAGGGCCGCCCACCAGUUGAAAGAACUGCAAGCUGAUAUCGAGAGACAAGCCCCUGCCCAUGCCGCUCUCCGGUCGUCGAAUUUGGCCCUGCUGGGGACCAUGGCCCCCGAAGACGCUCUAAUGCUCCAAUUGAAGGGCGACGAGAUGGAGCGCCGAUGGCAAGCGUUGAAAACCCGCACUUCAGACUUGAGAAACCGACUGGAACACAAUGCUGACUAUUGGAACGCUUUGUUACUGUCUUUAAGGGAACUGACCGAAUGGGUGAUCCGAAAAGACACAGAAUUGGGGCUAGCGGCCCGACAAGACGACCACCGCGCUUUCCGCCAACAGUUAGAAGACAAGAGGCCCCUAGUUGAGGCGAGUUUGAGGAGUGCGCGACAAUUCGUAGCGGGGGACCCUUCUGGGGAGUUAGCUCGAAAUUUGCGAAGGGAGUUGGUCAAACUGUCCGAUAAAUGGAACGCUUUGAUUGAUAAAUCGGACCAGUUAGCGGCGAGAUUUGAACAGAACACUAUUAAAUUGAAACAGUUGACUUUGAAUUUGGAAGAGGCAUCAGCGGCUGUUUCGCGACUGGAGAGAGCAACCUUGAGUUGGAGUGGUCCUCGGAGUGCAGCUGAAGCUCGAGAACUUUUGGCCAGCUUGAGGAAUUUAGAGACGCAACUUCCGCAGUUGCAGCGGUCGUUGGAGGAGGCGAGGAUUCAAGCAGCCUCCUUGGGGAAUGCUUUGCCCAAUAAUCUGGCAACGCAGCUUGAGGAUUGCAGUGCGAGGUGCAGAGCCCUCCAAUCGGCGAUUAGGGAGAGGCGGGAGCAGCUAACUAGCACAACGCAGGGAGAGAUAUCCCCGGGCCCAUCAAGCGUGCAGCCACCAUGGGAGCGCUCCACCACGCCCAACAAAGUCCCAUACUACAUCAACCACAGCACCGAGACAACCCAUUGGGACCACCCUCAAAUGCUCGAAUUGGCCACUUCUCUUUUACAACUCAACGAAGUGCGAUUUUCCGCAUACCGAACGGCUUUAAAACUGCGCGCAAUCCAGAAGAAAUUGUGUCUAGAUUUAGUUAGCAUUAAUGCCGCUUCUGAAGCAUUCGAUUUGCACGGUUUGCGAGGCCAGAAUGAUAAAUUAUUGGACGUGGCCGACAUGAUUUUGGUAUUACGAGCGAUUUAUGCAACUGCAGCCUCGCUGCAACCAUCGUUAGUUGAUGUCCCUCUGUGUGUUGAUUUAGCUCUGAAUUGGCUUUUGAAUGUUUACGAUAGUCAACGGACUGGACAAUUGAGAGUGCUUAGUUUUAAGGUCGGUUUGACUCUUUUGAGUAAGGGGCAUUUGGAGGACAAAUAUCGUUAUUUGUUCCGCUUGAUAGCCGAUCCGCAACAAAAAGCCGAUCAAAGAAAACUCGGAUUGCUACUCCAUGAUGUCCUCCAAGUUCCGCGCCAAUUGGGCGAAGUUGCGGCAUUCGGCGGCUCGAACAUCGAACCCUCAGUCCGCAGUUGUUUGGGAGAACGUGAGGACUUGGAAGUGACCCAUUUUUUGGCUUGGUUGAAACAAGAGCCCCAAUCGUUGGUCUGGCUACCGGUUUUGCAUCGAUUAGCAGCCGCGGAAACAGCCAAACAUCAAGCUAAAUGCAACAGUUGUAAACAAUAUCCAAUAGUCGGUUUAAGAUAUAGGUGUUUGAAAUGUUUCAAUUUCGAUAUGUGUCAGUCUUGUUUUUUCGCCGGGAGAUUGACCAAAGGCCACAAAUUAUCACAUCCGAUGCAUGAGUAUUGCGCUGCGACGACAUCAGUUGAAGACAUGCGAGAUUUCACCAAGGCUUUGAAGAACAAAUUCAAGAGUAAAAGAUACUUCAUGAAGCAUCCUCGAAUGGGGUAUUUGCCUGUGAGAUCAGUCUUGGAAGGAGACGAAUUGGAGAGUCCCGUUGCUUCCCCCCAACACAACGAUAUGCAUUCGCGGUUGGAAAUUUACGCAAGUCGAUUGGCUGAAGUCGAAUUGAGAGCUGCCUCCCCCGAGGACGAGCACCGACUAAUCGCCGAUUAUUGUCAAACAAUUGAAGGUCCAGGGAGUCCCGGCCAACUCAUGCUGGUUAUUGACGAGGAACAAAGAGCGGAAUUGCAGGAAAUGAUAAGAGAGUUGGAGGCGGAGAAUGCGGCCUUGAGACAGGAGUACGAACAGCUUCAACGAGGAGCAACUCCGCAUCCACCUCAACCUCAACACGAUGUACUCGCGGAAGCCAGGCUUUUGAGGCAGCAUAAAGGGAGGUUGGAGGCCAGGAUGCAGAUUUUGGAGGAUCAUAAUAGGCAGUUGGAGGCUCAGUUGCAAAGGUUGAGGCAGUUGCUAGAUGAACCGCCCACCUCGACCAUGCAAACCAGGAGUGUGACGGCGUCGCAGUUGAAUCAGGAUACUCCAGGGAGAGUGAAUCAACCACCGCCACCUGCCGAUCAUCGCUAAUCAUAUCAUUUUGUCAUAUCAUAGAAAUGCUUGUCUACCAUGUUGUUGAAAUAUACUCCUACUAACCAUAUCGUAAUACACAUCGAUGUGUUCAUUAGAGUUUGAUUCGAUGCUAGAUAUUUAUUUUGUUAACAAUUUUCAUUUACUAGGGAUCGAAAUCAUCAGUUCAAUAAAGUAUUAAAUACCCAAGUCA